AUGAUGAGGGCUCCGGCCGCCGCCACCACCACCGCCCAUCUUCUUCUUCCUCUCCUCUUUCUCAUCUGCCUGUUCUCAAUCGCGGCGGCGGAAGACACCCGACACAGCAUAUCCUUGGGAAAUCCGUUCAACGAGAGCUCCCCAAGCUACUUCAACAUCCGUGGAGAUGCUAUGAUCAACAACGACGCCCUCCAGCUCACGAAAGACACCAGCAACACGAACUCCUACUUCAUCAACAAUUCCGGCCGAAUCAUCUACAAUAAGGCCUUCAAAAUCUGGGAUGACCGCCCGGAUUCCUCCAACUCCUCCGGCAGCGCCGCUGGCAACGGUACCAGCGCCUCGCUAAGGAAUGUCAUCUCCUUUAACACCUCCUUCGACUUCAACAUCUACCCGGUGCGCAACCAGACAGUCGGCGAGGGGCUGGCCUUCGUCAUCGUAAACGACGGUGAUACGAUCCCAGACAACAGCUAUGGGGAGUACCUCGGGCUCACCAACGCCUCCACGGACGGCGACACCUCCAAUCAGCUCGUUGCGGUGGAAUUCGAUACCUUUAAGCAGUCCUACGACCCUGACGCCAACCACGUCGGCCUCGACAUCAACAGCGUUCGCUCUAUCGUCACCCGCUCGCUCUCCGACUUCAACAUGAUCCUCUCCCCCUUGCAGACGGAGGGCGUCAAGUAUCGGGCUUGGAUAGACUACAGCGGACCGCUCCGCCGCAUCGAUGUUUACCUCGCCUAUAUCUCCAGCCCCAAGCCAUCGACGCCGCUGCUCAACGCGACCAUCGACCUCAGCGCCCACCUCGCCCAGAAAUCCUACUUUGGAUUCGCCGGAUCCACCGGGACGCGCUUCGAGCUCAACUGCGUCCUCGCCUGGAAUCUCACGGUGGAAAUCCUGCCGGAGGAGAGCACUACCAGCGCGUUGAGCUGGUUUCUGAAAAUUGGAGUCCCGAUCUUGGCGGUGUUCCUGUUGGCGACAGUGGUGUUGGGCUUUUGGCUUUACCGGAGGCGGGUUGUGUACGACGAGCGGUUGGUGGGGACGCUGAGAUCGCUUCCGGGGACGCCGAGGGAGUUCAAGUACAAGGAGCUGAAGAGGGCCACCGGCAACUUCGACAGCAGGAACCGGCUGGGCCAGGGCGGCUUUGGCGUCGUUUACAAGGGGGUCAUCCCCGGCGAGAACGCCGCCGUGGCGGUGAAGACGUUCUUACGCGCGACCAUGCAGGGGGAUUUCCUCGCCGAGCUCACCAUCAUCAACCGGCUCCGCCACAAGCAUCUCGUUCGCCUCGUCGGUGAGAGCUGCUAGCCCCUCUCCUCCUCUUUCUAUUUUAAAAUUACUAUUUCGUGUAUUUUCCUCGAUAAAUAUCGGAUUUGAACCGGUCGUCAUCUCUCUCUCUCUCUCUCCCUCCCUCUCUCCCUCUCUCUCUUGGCGAUACCAGAGCAAACUAAAGUGCACCUAAAAUAUGCACUUUUUCUCUCUAUAAGUUAGCUGCUUUAAAAAAGUAUGGAUCGACGCGCCAUCUAUUACUAAUUUAUCUGAUAUUUAAUUAUGGAAGGAUGUCGAAGUGGUAGUUAUCCGCUCGUAGCUGUUGCUACGUCGCACUUUCGUGGGUCCCUGAGGAGUGUGGAGAAGUCUAGCUUUGACUUUCGAGUUCUGCCGUAUCUUGACUGACGGACCACUUGGUGCGUGCCUACAGGAUGGUGCCACAAGAACGGGAAGCUCCUGCUGGUCUACGACUUCAUGCCGAACGGAAGCCUCGACCAGCACCUCUUCGACGCGCCGCCGGGGGAGCACUUGCCGUGGCAGCGCCGCCAGCGGAUCCUCGCCGGCGUGGCCUCCGCCCUCCAUUACCUCCACAACGAGUACGACCAGAAGGUGGUGCACCGGGACCUAAAGGCCAGCAAUGUGCUGCUGGACGCGGAGUUCAACGCGCGGCUCGGUGACUUCGGCCUCGCACGGGCCAUCGAGAACGAGCGCACCUCCUACGCCGAUAUCGAGGUCGACGGCAUCCCCGGCACGAUGGGUUACAUCGCCCCCGAGUGCUUCCACACCGGCAAGGCCACCCGCGAGUCCGACGUCUUCGGCUUCGGCGCGGUGGUGCUGGAGGUCAUCUGCGGGCGGCGGCCACGCUGCGACAUCGGCAGGUUCCGGUUCCUCUCCGAAUGGGUAUGGAGUCUGCACGGGGAGGGGAAAGUACUUGCCGCAGUAGACCCGCGGCUGGGGGAGGAUUAUGAUAAGGAGGAGGCCCAGAGGCUACUGCUCCUGGGGCUGGCUUGCAGCCACCCCAACGCCAGCGACCGGCCGAAGAUCCAGGCCGUGCUGCAGAUCAUCUCCGGGGCGAUUCCCCCGCCGGAGGUGCCGCCUGUCCGGCCGGCCUUCGUCUGGCCGUCGGUGUGCGGGGAAUUGUACGAGGACAGCACCGAAACGACGCGCACCUGCAGCACUGCCGGGAGCUCCUCCAACCAGGGCCACUACAGUGUGCACAGCGCGCAGUAUAGUGAGACCUCGGACUUCCACGAAGUCCACUUGAGAUGA